UCUAUUACAAAGUGCUUUUAACUUUUUGACAAUGCGUGCGCGUUUUUGUCGUUUGUUGUUGGUUGUGGUGCCCUCAAAUAGUUAAAUUAAAUAGCAAAUGUGAAUAAAUGUGGAGUUUAUGCAAUAAACACAUAUAAAUAUAUAAACAUCUUAAAGACAACGCUAAUUGAAUUUAUAAGCAGCUAAUCAGGUGCACCACCGUUGGCAGCUAGCCGCACUCUUAGCAAAAUAAACACGUACACAGACACACACACAAAACCUAUACUUACCAUAUACGUACAUAGCUAUUAUAAUUGGCUGCAGGUUGCAGCUGCACCGAAAAUCCUUAACAAAGCAAACGCAGCUCUACAAUAAUGAUCAAUUUGGAUACAACAAAUAAAAAUCAAUCGUCAAUAAUGCAGCCGUUGCCAUUUUUUCAGUAUACAAGCAAAAAAACUGGUGCACACAAGGGUUAAGUGCACACAGACGUAAGCGCACGCUGUUAAAGACUGCAUUAACAGAAUGUAAAGACGCUGUUAACAUAGCAAUAUUCUGCCGCUGUUAACACACACACAGUCAGUCGCAGCAAACGUUGUCCACAAGGCGCUGAAUCACUAAAAUCAGCGCUCAGCCGCUCAACCAGCUGCUGGGCCAACUGUGAAUUAUUUAACAAUUAAUUUACACAGCUGCUUAAAGGCUGAGUUAAUCAACAAUUUGCCGUUAACGAUGGCCUUUCUAGUUUCCAUAACAGAGGACGAGGCAUUGCGACUGGAUGUGAUAAACGAUGCCGAAUUUAAAUCGAUACCAUUUAUCAAUACGAAUGAUCACGACUCAAUUGAUAACGAUAAUGGAGCGACGACACGUGCAUUUCUCUUUCUCGAUGCCGACGAGAAUUUGCAGAUAGCGACGCCAGAAUUGUUUUGUAAGAAGCUCAAGUGUCAGAGUCUGGAUAAAAUCAAAGUGAUCUCAAUAUUUGGCAACACCGGUGAUGGCAAAUCGCAUACGAUGAAUCAGGUAUUUUUCGAUGGCGAGCCCGUGUUUCGCACAUCACCAGAGCAAAGCUCCUGCACAAUUGGCGUCUAUGCUGCCAUGCAACGAGAACAGGGUGUUCUUUGUUUAGACACGGAGGGCUUGUUGGGCACCACGGCCAAAAGCAACAAACGGAUGCGCAUGCUACUCAAGAUUUUGGCCAUUUCGGAUAUUGUGGUUUAUCGCACACGCUCGGAGCGUUUGCACAGUGAUAUGUACGAGUUUCUAGGCACCGCCUCGAAGGCGUUUUGCUUGCAUUUCACCCAGGCGCUGCAAGCCAUGGGCAAUGGCAGCACUCUGGGACCAGCUGUGAUCAUAUUCCACGAGACGCACUACACAAAGCCGCUGGAGAGCACCGUGGAGGAGAGCGCCGAGGACAAGCUACGCAACAAUUUCGCCCUGCUGAACUAUGAGACGAAUGCGUUUAGUUCGCUGCGCUACGUAGGCAUCCAGACGGAUGCGAAGAAGUCAACGAAUUUCCAAAAGAUAAGCGAUGCACUGCACCUGGAGAUAGAGAAUACGGCGGUACGUUCGCCGCGCCAACCCGCCGUCGUCUUCAAGGCGAUGAAACUCUUGAAUCAGAAGUUCGCUGGCGAAAUUAUCGAGAAAGCAAUCAAUCCAUUUCCGGAGCAAUACUUUACCUGCAGUGCCCAUUGCGAAUCGUGCAGCCGUCGCUGCCAACGUUCGAUGGGUCAUGUGAGCGAUGGGGAGCCGCAUUACAAUACGCAGCCCUGCAACUACCAGCAUCAAUUUGGCAACAAACUGUACCUGUGCAAGGCCUGCUACAACAAUGGCAAGGAGAUCGUUGUUAGUGUGCGAGCGCAGGCGCAAACGGAUACCGCCUGGUCGGGCCUGGCCAAAUACGUGUGGAAGGGCGAUGUUAUCGAGUGUCCGUACUGUGGCGAAAUCUAUCGGGCACGUCAAUAUUGGUAUGGCAAUAAAUCACCCGAGGCAUCGGUGGUGCACGUUCAGGUGGUGCAUGUCUGGAAAGGUGGAAAUGCUGCGUUGCGCGCCAAUGCUCAUUCCGCUCAAAUGGUGCUCGAUAGCGUCAAUAGCAUUAGUGAGGCAUUUACCAACAUUUCAGCGCCAUGGGCGAAGGCAUUGAGUGGCAUGCUGGCGGACAAGGUGGCGCCCAGCUAUUGGCGACCCAAUCAGGAGAUAAUUAUGUGCCAUGCCUGCAGGCGCAACUUCGAGAAGUCUGGCAUGCCGAAGCAUCAUUGUCGCGGCUGUGGAGAGGGCUUUUGCCACACGUGCAGCCAGCACAGGUUGCCCGUGCCGGGCCGUGGCUGGCUGCAGCCAGUGCGCGUCUGCAACGAUUGCCAUCAACAGCUGCAGCGCAAAUCAGACGCGACACCAGGCUCACGUCCAACGAAUGAUGAGGGCGAUAUUCUGGUACGGAAAUAUGGCGAGACAAUCUACAAUACGAUCAGCAGCGUUGCAGCCGUGGCCAUAGACUAUCCCAAGGCCAUGAUCAAGGACAGUGCACGUCCUGCCUAUUGGGUGCCCGAUGCGGAAUCGCCCAACUGUUUCAUAUGCAAAGCAGUUUUUGGACGCGCCGAGGAGCUGGAGAUGGCGAAGAAUUCGGGCGAACGUGGCAAGCCGAAGGGGGGCAACAUCAGCAAAUCAGAUGCCAGGAGCAGCGGCAGCAGUAAUGAAGGAACUGCACCUAGAACUAGAGCCGUCGAUGGGCCGGGCGACUGCAGGCGUCAUCAUUGUCGACGCUGCGGCCAGGCGAUUUGCAGCAGCUGUUCAAAGCGCCGCAUGCCCGUGCUGGAGCGCGGCUGGCAAACAGAUGUGCGUGUAUGCGAUGCCUGUGCCUGUGUGCCAAGCGGGUCGCAGAACAACAGCAACAGCAUCAGCAGCGCCAUCUCGGAUGCCAUCAACGAGGAUGAGGCGGUGAUAACAAAUGGCCUAAACGAGGAUCGCCGAGCGAGCAACAGAAGCAGCAACAGCUCCAGCGACUAUCGCAACUGCAAUGCCAGCGACGAUGUCAAGGCCAAGUCCGAAUGAGACGCGGCCCAUCAGGGCAGGCCCAACACCCAGACGCAUGCCCAACCCAAUUCCGAUCAAUCAGUCACAAUUUGGUCCAUGUGCCCAGGAAGGCGCAAGGCUCCUUGAACAGUUGCUGCUCAUCGACUCGCGACACUGCAUCGUACAAUGUGAUACUAUAUUUUUUGAUAAAUGUACAUAUGUCUAUAUAUAUAUAUAUGUAUAUAAAAGUUACACCUAUAUUAUACCUUCAUGUA